AUGGCCCGUUGGCUGGCGGUUCUGCUGGCAUGGCCGGUGCUGCGGCACCACACCUUCAACUUGGGCGCGCUGCUGCCAGCCAACCGGCCGCUCGAAAGCCCGCGCGCGGCGCGGCCGGAGCGGCGCCACACGCAUCCCAAGGUGAUCACCAAGAAGAUCAUGGCCGCCCGCUCCGCGUCGGAGGUGUUGAGGGUGGUGGAGAAAGAAAGGAGCAAUCCCAAGCUGGACUUCUUUGCUAUGGCCGCCGCGUGGGCUAGGAUGGCGAAAAUGCAGCGAAGUAUUUCGGCCGAUGUGCUCACGGACGUUUUCCUUGCAGACUUCAUUGCUAUGACAAGACGCUUUGCGAAAAGUGCGGGGGCGGAGCCGAAAAGGAACGUUCGAUUGGUGGCGAAUGCGUUUUGGGCGACGGCCAAACUUGACCAGCGAAUGUGUUCACGCUUGGCAAGUUUGCAGAGCAGCCUGGCGCAGGCAGCCAAGCAGACAGCCAAACACAUGCAGGCGCAGCAUGUUGCAAAUACGAUCUAUGCAACGGCGACGCUAUCAGAGUCCUUGGACGCUUCACUGCUAAAUGUUCUGCCGGCUUUAGCUGUUCAGGCCGAGAAAGUGAGCUCUGACAUGAAAGCGCAAGAGGUUGCCAACGUGAUUUGGGCCACGGCCAAGCUGUCGGAGGCUGGGGGGGACUCUUUGCUGUCUGUGCUGCCGACUUUGGUGGUGCGUGCAAAGGAAGUGAGCUCUGACAUGAGCGCACAAGCUGUUGCCAACGUCAUUUGGGCCGCUGCCAAGCUGUCAGAGGCAGGAGACAACUCCCUUCUGACUGUGCUGCCUACUCUGGCAGUCCAGGCCAAGGAAGUAAGGUCCAACAUGAGUGCACAAGACGUUUGCAACGUGAUUUGGGCCACGGCCAAGCUGGCAGAGGUAGGAGAUGACGCCCUGCUGGGCUUUCUGCCAUCUUUGGUGUUGCGUGCAAAUCGAUUUGCUGGCUGCCCCUAG